AACCCUCCAGUGACGGGUGUCGUAGGCUUCUCCAUGGAGACGACCCUUGCCCUCUUACCCAGGAUGCACAUGGAAGAACUACAGUCCGAGCUGAAUCGGCGAAACAUUGUGGUGAAACUAGCAGGUAAACACCAGAGGAGGAGGGGUGACUUGGAACAUGUGCUGAGAGAGGUUAUGACAAGGGAGUAUGAAGUAGAGGGAGAUGAGGGAAUGGACACUAGCUCUACAUUUGAGCACAGCGGUAGUAACACUAUCUCUACAUUCGAGCAUGGCCGUAGUAACACUAGCUCAGCAUUCCAGCUCAUGACAAGAGAUAAUGAAGCAGAGGAAAGCGAGGGAAUGGACACGAGUAGCACUAGCUCUACAUUCGAGCACUGCUGCAGUAAUACUAGCUCAGCAUUCGAGCAUGGAUCUUGGCUCAAGGAACUGGGACCUAGCAGGCAAGCUCUUUCAAGGCCAGACAAUAACCAAGCUUCUUCACAAAAUCUUCCAGAUCUUUCUGAGCCCACAGAAAAGGACGAGACGUCUAGCAGGCAAGCAGCAGACAUAUCUAAGACUCUGAGUACGCAUACAUACCCUGUACAGGUGCAGGUGAAGAAAGAGCCUAUCACACUAUCAAACAGACUGUCACAGUCUAACUCUGCUAGUUCACAGCCUAACUCUGCAACUUCACAGCCUAACUCUGCAACUUCACAGCCUAACUCUGCAACUUCACAGCCUAACUCUGCAACUUCACAGAACUUUAUAGUGAAAAUCAAGACAGAGUCUGGUCUGGAAGAAGAGACAGAAGAUGAACAGCUGCAGGACUUGAGGAGUGAGUUCUGUCCUUCCUUCCCUAGACAACUUUCUCAAGAACUGGACAAGGUGAAUAUCACCUUAAAAGAAGAAGAAGCUCGACUUGAUGUGCCUUCAAGUAAAGAACCCCUAAAGGAUGAUCAGAGAAUGUCUGCUGAUCCUGUCAUACUGGACCACAUCAAGAACAUUUCCAAACUGUGCAGAAUCUGUGGUCAGGCUGUGUUGACUAAAAGAGACAAGAUAAGCAUGUUAAGGGGACAUUCUUGUAGAGAAUAUGCUGGAAAAAUCCAUGAGGUUUGGGGGGUGGACGUUACUAAGGACAGAAGCUACAUUCACCCUCCCCGUUUCUGCCAUCGUUGUCGAACAAAAAUGUACAGGCCACCAAAACUUUCGCGGGCCAAGGUGGUGCCUUGGUAUGACCAUGAUGCGUUUGAAAGCAACAGCUGCGCCCACUGUGAAAAGAUUGCCUACUUGUCAAAAGGUGGAAGACCUGUCAAGAAGAAAUCAACAGGAAGGCCAAGAGCACAGGUAAAACAAGAACAACAGAGGAAAACCACAGCGAAGCUUGAAGAGGACCCGUUGGAUGCAUAGCUGUAAAUAUGGAUAACCAAGACAAAGCUGCAGCUGUUUUUUUACACAGCUACUAGUAGUAUCCAGUUCUAAGCUCUGAUUGGUUCAAUGCAGUUCUAAGCUGUGAUUGGUUACUGACAGAAGAAGAUAAAUAUAAGAAGAAUACACCAGCAAAAACAAUAUUGAAGUAACAGAAAUGGCAACCAGAUGGGACAAAAAAGACAAAGAGUUCCAAGCUGCCAAUAACUUGUAUAUUAGAGUGCUGAAGCAGCUAAAGACAGAUGGAAUGAAUACUGGCAAGAGCUAUCCACACAUCUUAGCAUGUGACAUCAGUAAAAUGUUUGAGACCAAAAAACGUUGUCAUUGAGUGUUAAUAAUUGGUGGCCCUCCAACGACUUGUGUUCUUCUACCUUUUUCACCUGUGCCAAAGAGGAAAGGAAAAUCUGCUAAGAGACUUACUAUCAGGGACUUUGUCCUCAACAUUGAAGAAGGAAGGAAGUACUAUACUUUUAGGUACUCUUAUGGAUGAAAAAAUAUCUUUCUAAGAAAUAACAGACUAGUUAGGUCAUACCAUAAUAAAUAAUCAAAUUACCACCUAAACAAAAAAAAAAAAAACUACAAGUAUUUGGUCC